CACACAUGUUCAUUAACUCGGCCCAUGGAGAGUUAGAGCCAUCUUCUCUAACACUCACAUGGGUAAUUCCUACCUGGCGCGUCCAUGUCGCGGGGGUGGGCACCUCUCACUUCAGUAGGCCGGAGUGAACAGGUGGCGAAGUUCAGGUAGGGACCCAGUUCUGUGGGGUAUAACGCGGACCCCUGCCCAGGGAUACGGGUGAAGACCACAACGGCGGAGACGGCGUAGAAGAGGAUCUUCGGUUCGGCGUCAAUGGCGGAAGUGGCAGGCCUGUUUUUUCGGCAUACCACUGCAGAAUCGGAUCUAAAAUGGGCGGUUGUGGAUUCUGGUUGGCGAAGAAACAUCGACGGCGAAAGAAAAGGAGCAGAUUGGGCUCUUUAGUCCUGUAAGACAACCAAUCUAAAGGAAGAAAACCUUGAUUACAAAUUACCCGGUCCUCCUGGUAGGGGGUUAAGACGUCAGGCCGGUUCCCUGUCACUUGUAAAAAUUAGAAAAAUACCAAAAAGCCUAAAGAUUGCCUCGGAAUCUCGGACGGAUUAAAUAAUAAACGACUUCGGCGACGGAAAAGGAUUAUGAACAUUGGCACCUGGAAUCUGCAGAGUAUCAGCGGAAAGAUGGAAGAAAUAACUGAAGAAAUAAAAAAACUAGAUAUGGAUAUAGUUGUCUUAACCGAAACAAAGAAGAAAGGGAUAGGUAUAGAAAAAGUAAACAAUUAUGUACACAUCUUCAGCGGAGUUUCAAAACAUGAGAGAGCGAAAAGAGGAGUAUCCGUUCUAAUACACAAAAAACAUAAACAUAAAAUCACUGACUUUGAAGCAAUAGACGAAAAUAUAAUAAGAGUAAACAUAACGAUAAAAGAAACACCUAUUACGAUACUUGGGAUUUAUGCAAUCAGUGAUGAUGAACCUUACACAAACAAAGAUGAGUUCUUUGCUAAAGUUAACGACGAAAUUACGAAAAUUGGAAAUAGAAGAGAAUUGAUAGUUAUGGGAGACCUGAACAGUAGAGUAGGUCGUAAAGUAGAUAAUAAGGUGGUAGGUCCCUACGGAGAAAUAAACCAGAAUGAUAAUGGUGAGAGGCUAAUUGAAAUAUGUGAAAACCAUCAAUUAAAAAUAACCAAUGGAUUUUUUAAACAUAGAGAUGUACACAAGUACACCUGGACCCAAACUACAAGAAAUUUAAAAUCAAUUAUAGACUAUAUCAUCACAAAACAAAAUACUAAUAUGCAAGUACAGGACACAAGAGCAUACAGAGGAAUAACAUGUGGUUCAGAUCAUUAUGUCGUAAAAUCAAAAGUAACCUGUCCAUUUAGAUAUAAAAUAACACAUAAUCAAACAAAUUGUCAACCCCAACCAGAAGAAACUUUGGAAAAAAGAAGUUAUAAUUUGGAUAGUUUGACCCAAGAGAGUACAAGAAUACUAUAUCAACAAAGACUGGAUGGCAAACUAAUGAAUAUAACUGAAACAUCAACAGUAGAGGAGGUAUAUGGAAACGUAGUCGUUAGCGUUAAAAAAGCUGCAGAAGAAGCACUCGGCUUUAACACUCAAAGAAAAAGUGAAAAACUAUGGUGGAACAAAGAAAUAGAAGCACUCGUAGAAGAGAAAAAGCAAGCGUAUAUCAGAUGGCUGAGCAGUAAACAACAAAAAGAUAGAGAUGAAUACCUGGAACUCAAAAGAAUAACAAGAAGAACAACAGUAAAAGCAAAAAGAGAAAUGUGGGAUAAGAAGUGUCAGGAAAUUAAUACCUACCUGGGAGGCAGAAAAUGUACAGAAACUGUAGCAGUUACGCUACUAACUAAAUAAAUCCAAAUAAAAUUUCAUCAAAUACCCCUAAAUAAAUCCCGUGUGCGACGCCGUCGAUCGACUUAAGAACGAUAUCUCUCUGCUCACGCGCGAAAACCUCGGCGUUCGAUUUUGUCGAUCCGAAUCGGAACGGCAGUUUUGGUCAGGCUCAGAGCGAACACGCUGUGUUUUUUUUUCCUAAGUGGCGGAUUUGGACGAGAUUUUGGAUAAAAUGGAGCAGAUAUAUCACUAAAAUGAAGGAACAUUAAGACCAUCUUUUUUGGAAUAGCGAUAAUAUCAAAACUCAAUUUAUCUUUGGUUUUUUUUUACAUAAAAGAAGUUUAAGGCCAGCGUGUUUCGUCUGUCCAAAUUCCGCCACUUAGACACUUAGUGACUUAGUCACUUAGUUACGUCGUAACUUAGUCACUUUGCAUUCCUUUGCAUAAUUUAUGUCACUUGAAGUAUGUACCAGUAACUGUUAGCAACUUUGCCAUGGUUUACCCAUAGAGCUCGCUGUUUCGUUGGAGAAAACCAGUACCUGACUUCACAACAUUUAGGAUUUUUCAGUAGGACUUGCCCACCACAGCAUCCAACCAGUUUAUCGUGCCAAAAGGACUCUCCUAUGGACUUCAUCUUGAAUUCUUAAAUAGGAACUGUGGUGAAAGAUAAGUUUGUUUACUUUUAUUAUUUAUAUAUUUUGGGUACUCUAUAGUUGCUUGCACUGUAAACUGUUUGUAUGCAUACAAUCGAGUGGAACUAGGUACAUAUUUUCGUGACAGAUAGGGUUUUCAGGUCUUUGUUUUGUUCCAUAUUAUAAAUAGUAGUUUUUUCUAAUUAAGUAAGUCUUGUUUAAUAAUAAUCAUAAAUAAUUGUAGCUUAAAAUUUGAUAGGGAAUCGGGGGUAAAAUUUUGUCGAGCUUUUAAAAUAGGGAAUAUGUCUAGUGGGUUUUUACAUUGUAUAUUAAGAGUCUGACCAGCUCAUUUAUAUAAGUCAAUUGUAUAAUAAUUAGUAUUUUUGCUAGAUGAGAUACUUAAUUUUUGGUAACCGUAGCGUUCUUGUCGUGUACGUAUCUCAUUAGACGAGUUCAAUUUAGGAAAUAUUACUAACUUUUAGUUGUAAGAACUUUGUGCUAUUCACACGGACUUUUGCUUUUGGAUUUUCUACUAAUACAUUUACUUAGCGCAGUGUGUAGUGGUUAAUUGUAAGUUAGUGGCUGUUUGGUCCUGUUUGACCGUUUCACCACCCACUACCACUGUUAUUGUGUUUUGAUUUAUAUAUUACAUUGUCAAUAUAUGUAUAAUAGAGUUAUUGUUAAUAUAUUUGUUAUUAGAAAGGUUGAUGUUUUAUUUCAGUCUGUAUUACCAGUAUAUAAUAUAGCAAGACACGGUUAGUAUUUAGUAUUUUGUAUUUCAGGUGGUUGUAACCAGUGUCAUAGAGUUCCUGUUGUUCGUUACUUCAAAAUCUCGAACCUGUCCAACUUCUUGGUUCUGAGAGCUGAGUUGUUCGUUCGAGUUGGCGCCCUUUGUUCUUCUUCUUUCUUUGUUGUAUCUCGAUAUUAUUUUAUCUCUAGCAUUCUGAUCUAUUUUUCUUCCAUUUUUGUGUUUGCAGGUCUCAUUUUCUUUCUAGUUACUAUCAUUUCAUUAUCAAUUUUUUUUUCUCAUAUCUCCAAAGCCAAUAUUCGGUGUAUAGAAGCUAGCCCAAAUACCCACUUGAGAUUUAGUGUCUCUCUGCCCAUUUAAUUUGUCCUUCUGAGCUAAGCCCCUCUUCUUGUCGUCUUAAAUCUCUUCUCAUUUCUUUUACCCAUCUUUAUUCAGUUCUUCUUCUCUUCAAAAAUCUCUAUACCCAGAGUAUAGAGGUUUCAAUUGGCGCCCAACGUGGGGCCUCUUUUACAUUUUUGGCUUUAAAAAUAUUUUCUUUAACUUUUGGUUUUAUCUUGGUGGUUUCAGUGCCUGUGUUUUUAGAUUUUCAUUUUAACGUUUAGUUUAUACUUCAAUUUUUUUUUUGGACAGUAUCUUGUAUCUAUAUCUUGAAUAAACUUGUUUUGCUAUGGUAUACUCUGUUGACUGAAUGGAUUGCUUUGUUUUGAUUGGUCAAAUAAUUAUUUUGAAUUAAUAAUAAAUAAAUUGAAAAUUUGAAUAUCUUGAAUUUAGCUAUUUUACAAGUCCGGAAUAGCAUUAAAAGUGAAUCACUACCUUGAAUUAAAAGUUUUUUCGAUUUUAGGUUUAUCGGAAGUUGUAGCAGUACAUUUCAUCAGAUUUCACGACUGGACCAAACAAAUAAACAUUACUGGUAUAGGUAUCCACUCAGAACAUUAACUUGAGGACAGAGAGUAAGUUAAACUUUACCUACUUACAUUUUAUCUCAUUCUCGUGUUUAUUUCCCAGUUGUUUAUAAUGGCAUCGUUAAGGUAUAAAAUCUGUUUAUUUAUUUUGUUUACCUAGUUAACAUCUGUUGUUGUGCCUUUUAUCUUAUAUUAUCUUAUCUUAAUGUUGACUAAUAUCUUAGUUUUGGACUUGUUCAUUUUGCUGUUAGUUGCCUCUUGAAAGUCCAAACUAUAUACCAUAGGAGUACAGGAUGGAUAAUGGGAAUUUUCCCCAUCUUGAAUUCUGGGUUAAAUGAGUAUUUAUAGGGAUACUUAGAAAAUACUGUUAAAACAUUUUCUUUGAGUUAUGGCUUUGCAUGGUUCAAGCGCGCGGACCAUGCCCAUAAAGCUUAUGUAUUCACUUAACUGUGUCAGGGUUUAGCGUGGGUUCAGGACUGAUCACCCCGAACUUGUGCACUUCACUUGGCUCAGAAAUACAUUAAUAUCUAUAAGUUGUUCCCAGAGUGUCUCUUAGGUUGAAAUUAGAAUGUGUCAUCUAGAAUUGGAUCGUUCUGAUAUUCAGCAGUAAGUAAGUCUGUUUAACUUGGUUGUCAUCUCCUAUGCUGUUAUCUUUUAAAUGAUUUGAGUUUUAACAUAUCUUUACCUGAAGUGACUUUACCUUUACCUGAAGUGAGUUUACUUUUACCUGAAGUGAGCUUAUCUUUACCUUUACCUGAGGUGAGCUUAUCUUUACCUUUACCUGAAGUGAGUUUAUCUUUACCUGAAGUGACUUUACCUUUACCUGAAGUGAGUUUACCUUUACCUGAAGUGAGCUUAUCUUUACCUUUACCUGAGGUGAGCUUAUCUUUACCUUUACCUGAAGUGAGUUUAUCUUUAUCUUUACCUGAAGUGACUUUACCUUUACCUGAAGUGAGUUUAUCUUUACCUUGAGUUUAUCUCGUACCUUUACCUUGAUGAGUGCAUCUCUUAUCUAUAUCUGAUUGAAUGUAUAUCUUAUCUUUAUCUUGAUUAUUAUAAAGUCCUAAGAAUCUGUCCUUCUCUGUGCUUGUCGUGAGUAAAGAAUUGGAUCACGUCAAUAGUGCAGUUUAGGUAUUACAGUUAGGACCCUAAUUAUAUCUUACCUUUUGUGCAUACCCUCUACCAUGAGUAGAUGUGGGCUUGCAAUUAUCUUUACCUUUUAGCAUACUCUAUACCAUGAGUAUAGUGGGCUUGCUAGUAUCUUUACCUAGAUUGUGUCUUCCUAUCACUGCUCAAGAGAGUAGAUGUUAAGGAUUAUCUUUUACCUUGAUUUUUAGUUGUUGGUGAUAUCCAGAACCAUAUCAUUAUUUAUGUUUAGCUUUGUAGUAAUGUAGUUUCAACUAGUCUUGAUGAAUUAGUCCCUCAUUGAAUUCUCGGGUGAUUAGUAGAAUUUGUUCGCUCUAGUAUCAAUGUUGGGUAAAUUUGAUAUGUUGAUUGUUGUGUAUGGUUCUUGGUUAUACUGUGUUAGGUGUUGUUAAUACACACCUGUAAUUUAGAUUUAAUGAUGGGUUACUAACACUUGAGAAUGCAGAUAGUAAGUAGUGUUAAGAGUUGACUUACUCUAUAAGGUUGUAUAAUUAUAUUUAGAAUGUAAGCGAUUAACACGUGAUUGUUUGUUUUUUUUUUUUUUUCAAUCUUUGGUUUUACUAAAUUAAAAUUAUCGCGUUGAAUAACUUAUGUCGGUCAGUUACCUAUGUCGGUUAGUUACACAUCUUUUCUAUGUUUUAUACUUUCUGCAAAUAUGAUUAAAUAUGUCUCGCGUGGCCUUUAUACUGUCUGUAUGACUUCGUUCCUGAUUUUUGUUCCGCCUCCUCAGCAAAUAGUAUGGCUGUUGAGGCUACCAUAAUUAUGGUUUUAUACCACCACGUUUCUCCUUUACUGUGUCCAUCCUCGGGUUCGCCCUAGCGUUAGUUCGCUCAGGAAAACUUAAAAAAAAAAAAGGAAUCCUUUGGGAGUUUUCCUUUUUUUUGCUGGAGAUGAGGGAGAAUGUAGCAGUUACGCUACUAACUAAAUAAAUCCAAAUAAAAUUUCAUCAAAUACCCCUAAAUAAAUCCCGUGUGCGACGCCGUCGAUCGACUUAAGAACGAUAUCUCUCUGCUCACGCGCGAAAACCUCGGCGUUCGAUUUUGUCGAUCCGAAUCGGAACGGCAGUUUUGGUCAGGCUCAGAGCGAACACGCUGUGUUUUUUUUUCCUAAGUGGCGGAUUUGGACGAGAUUUUGGAUAAAAUGGAGCAGAUAUAUCACUAAAAUGAAGGAACAUUAAGACCAUCUUUUUUGGAAUAGCGAUAAUAUCAAAACUCAAUUUAUCUUUGGUUUUUUUUUACAUAAAAGAAGUUUAAGGCCAGCGUGUUUCGUCUGUCCAAGUAAGUAAACUGUUGAUAUAUUUCUCAUUAUUUUUCGUGGUAAUGCAUCAUUGUAGUUAAGUUCAUAUAUAAUCCAUAUUAUAAUAAUGAUAUUCAUUUCCAUUUACAAAGGAACAAUCAAUCAAGGCCACAGGGUUUUAGUGUUAAAUUUAAAUUCCAAAUUGUAGAUCAUAUUAUCCUUUAAAUAUUUGAAAAGAACAUUAAAGGUCAAGUUUUUCUAGUGUCCAAACCUAAAUUCUAAUAUCUUUUAUACCUUAUCGUGACGUUUUUACUUAAGUUUUUUAUCUGUGAUUUAUAAAAAGUUUUAACGAGUAUCUAUACAGUCUAUCUGUCACGCCCAUCUAAUGCGCACGUCCCUGUCAUGUCUGAAUUGAAGUAAACUUCAGAAAUUUUGACAUGACAUAUGGAUACCUAACCUACCUAAUAUUUGAUGUUUUUGUUUGGGCCUGUUCAAUAUGUACUGCUACUGUUAUUGUAAUACAUAAAUAACUAAAUUUAAUAAACUUUAUUGUAGAUUCCGCCACUUAGACACUUAGUGACUUAGUCACUUAGUUACGUCGUAACUUAGUCACUUUGCAUUCCUUUGCAUAAUUUAUGUCACUUGAAGUAUGUACCAGUAACUGUUAGCAACUUUGCCAUGGUUUACCCAUAGAGCUCGCUGUUUCGUUGGAGAAAACCAGUACCUGACUUCACAACAUUUAGGAUUUUUCAGUAGGACUUGCCCACCACAGCAUCCAACCAGUUUAUCGUGCCAAAAGGACUCUCCUAUGGACUUCAUCUUGAAUUCUUAAAUAGGAACUGUGGUGAAAGAUAAGUUUGUUUACUUUUAUUAUUUAUAUAUUUUGGGUACUCUAUAGUUGCUUGCACUGUAAACUGUUUGUAUGCAUACAAUCGAGUGGAACUAGGUACAUAUUUUCGUGACAGAUAGGGUUUUCAGGUCUUUGUUUUGUUCCAUAUUAUAAAUAGUAGUUUUUUCUAAUUAAGUAAGUCUUGUUUAAUAAUAAUCAUAAAUAAUUGUAGCUUAAAAUUUGAUAGGGAAUCGGGGGUAAAAUUUUGUCGAGCUUUUAAAAUAGGGAAUAUGUCUAGUGGGUUUUUACAUUGUAUAUUAAGAGUCUGACCAGCUCAUUUAUAUAAGUCAAUUGUAUAAUAAUUAGUAUUUUUGCUAGAUGAGAUACUUAAUUUUUGGUAACCGUAGCGUUCUUGUCGUGUACGUAUCUCAUUAGACGAGUUCAAUUUAGGAAAUAUUACUAACUUUUAGUUGUAAGAACUUUGUGCUAUUCACACGGACUUUUGCUUUUGGAUUUUCUACUAAUACAUUUACUUAGCGCAGUGUGUAGUGGUUAAUUGUAAGUUAGUGGCUGUUUGGUCCUGUUUGACCGUUUCACCACCCACUACCACUGUUAUUGUGUUUUGAUUUAUAUAUUACAUUGUCAAUAUAUGUAUAAUAGAGUUAUUGUUAAUAUAUUUGUUAUUAGAAA